GUUCCACAAAUAUGGCUACUUCUUUUGUCUUGAUUGUUUUGUCUCUCAUUAUAUCACCUUUAUUUUCACCUUCAGCAACCAGUAGUAGUGGUAGUUUAAAUGAAGGCUUACCCAUCUCUGUGGAGAACCCAGACCACGUUUUGGUUUCACCUAAUGGGAUUUUCUCCGCCGGCUUUUACCCGGUCGGUGAUAAUGCUUAUUCCUUUGCCAUAUGGUUUAACGAACCUUCUUGCUUUAACAGUUGCACGGUAGUUUGGAUGGCGAACCGUGAUACUCCUGUUAAUGGAAGAGGCUCAAAGCUAUCUCUGCUUAAAACCAGUAACCUUGUCUUGACUGAUGCCGGGGCUUCUAGUGUUGUUUGGGAAACCAACACUUUCUCCCUCUCGCCGUCAUCUUUACAUCUCUAUGAUACUGGAAAUCUUGCUCUUGUUACCGCACAAGAGGGUGUUAUUUUAUGGCAGAGCUUUGAUUCUCCUACUGAUACCCUUCUUCCACUCCAGCUAUUCACGAGAGAAUCGGUUCUUGUUUCUUCAAGAAGUUCGACAAACUAUUCUUCUGGUUUCUACAAGUUAUCUUUCGAUGUAAGUAACAUUCUCCGUCUUGUUUAUGAUGGUCUCGACGUUUCAAGUUCUUUCUGGCCAGACCCUUGGCUUCUGAGCCGAGACGCUGGCAGAUCCUCUUACAAUAGUAGUAGAAUAGCUAUGUUGGAUCCAUUUGGUAAGUUUAUUUCAUCAGAUAACUUCACUUUCUUAGCUACUGAUUAUGGAAUCCUACUUCAACGGAGAUUUACUCUUGAUUUUGAUGGUAAUCUACGACUCUAUAGCCGAGCAAAUGUGAGUAGCACUUGGGAAGUCUCAUGGCAAGUCUUUUCUCAACAGUGCAAGAUUCAUGGAGUUUGCGGGCCUAAUAGUAUUUGUAACUAUGUUCCUGGCUUUGGCAGGAAAUGUUCCUGCCUUCCUGGAUAUAAAAUGAAGAAUCUUGCUGAUUGGACUUUAGGCUGCCAAACAGAAGAUAAGGUUUCUUGUGACAAAAAUGAGGCAACUUUCCUUCAAUUUGCUCACGUUGAAAUGUAUGGCUAUGAUUUUGGCUACUAUCUGAAUUACACAUUGGAUAUGUGCAAGGAAGUAUGCUUACAGAGAUGUGACUGCAGAGGGUUUUUAUUGAAACAUAAUUAUUUGGUCACCCAUCCUGAAAAUAUUCCAUAUUGUUACCCCAAGACAGAAAUGCUGAACGGCUAUCAUGCCACAAGCUUCCGAGGAGAUCUUUAUUUGAAAGUGCCAAAAACCAGUCGUAGUUCGAAGAACUUGUCAAUGAAACAACUGAAUUUAGAAUGUCCAGAUGGAGCUGUAAAACAGCUUGACCGAAGGUAUGAUAAAUCUCAUAAAAGUUGGUCACAGAAGUUCUUGCUCGGGUUUGUUAGUACAAUUGGGAUAGUUGAGCUUCUUGCUAUAUUUGGUGUUUGGUUUUUCUUGAUUAGAAGCAAGGAAAAGAGUGACCAAGAUUACAUUCUUGCUGCCACCGGUUUCAAAAGAUUCAGUUACUCUGAGCUGAAGAAAGCCACCAGAGAUUUCAGUGAAGAAAUAGGCAGAGGAGCUGCUGGAACUGUCUAUAAAGGGGUAUUGGAUGAUCAGCGAGUUGCAGCCAUCAAACGACUAAAUGAUGCUAGCCAAGGAGAAGCUGAAUUUCUAGCAGAAGUGAGCACUGUUGGGAAGAUUAAUCAUAUGAACUUGAUAGAGAUGUAUGGUUACUGUGCAGAGGGAAAGCAUAGGCUUUUAGUAUACGAGUAUAUGGAGCAUGGAUCCUUGGCUGAAAAUCUCUCUUCCAAGGAACUGGAUUGGAGAAAAAGAUUAGAAAUUGCAGUUGGAACAGCUAAAGGCCUAGCUUAUUUACAUGAAGAAUGCUUGGAGUGGGUCCUGCACUGUGAUGUAAAGCCAGAAAACAUACUUCUGGACGAUGAUUACCGACCGAAAGUUUCAGAUUUCGGCCUCUCUCGAUUGCUGAGCAGAGCUGAUCCGAGAAACUCAUUCUCAAGAAUAAGAGGAACAAGAGGUUACAUGGCACCUGAGUGGAUAUUUAACAUGCCCAUCACCUCCAAAGUAGAUGUUUAUAGCUAUGGAAUGGUAGCUUUAGAAAUGGUGACUGGCAAGAGCCCAUCAUUAAUGGGUGGUCAGGAUAGUGAGACUGGUGAGGAACUGAAGCAUAAAAGGCUGGUGGAAUGGGUGAAUGAGAAGAGAAAUGAAGCGUCUACAAAAUCUUGGGUUAAAGAGAUUGUUGAUCCAAUUAUGGGAGCGGAUUAUGAUGCAGAGAAAAUGGAAAAUCUGAUUGGAGUGGCACUGAAAUGUGUUGCAGAAGGAAAAGACAGUAGACCUACCAUGAGCCAUGUGGUUAAGAUGAUUCUACAGGAUGAAUAUGAUCAUUGGCAGUAAAUGCCUCAAUUGGUGAUUUCCAUGCAUGUGGCAUCGUAACAAUACCUGUGAAGGAAAAUUAUCUAGUCAAGCAAAUACAUGGUCAUGUUUUUCUUGACAUAUGUCUUCUGUUGGCAGGUGUUUUGUGUAAAUGAAUAACAAUAGCCUAUGUAUUCUCUUUUGUUUCUGCAACUGUUACUGAUGACUAUGAAAUAAAAUUGCAGUUUUCUUUCGUAAAAUUUUUGUCGAACUUUUCUAAUUUCUACUUAGAUUUUCUAAUUUUUCUUUUUUUGGUUUUCUUUUUGGGUUCUUAAGUAUUCUUAGAAGUGCUACUGUUGAAAAGAUCAAAGCUUCCAGGGUUACUAUUGGGAGUUCGCCUGCUAUAUGCAAUAUCCAAGUAGAUGAUAGAGCAUAUGCUGGCAUGGAAUUGUUUAUUUUUUGUAUUCUUUUCUGGUUAAACCAAAAAGAAUUUUUUAUUGCAGAAACAAAUCAAAGAAUACAAUUCAGAGCAUAGCUCUAACAACUAUC